GCUCCUGAACAACGAGGGGUCCUUGUUGGCCUACUCGGGCUACGGGGACACCGACGCCAGGGUCACCGCGGCCAUCGCCAGCAACAUCUGGGUGGCAUACGACAAGAACGGGCACCAGGCCUUCAACGAGGACAACCUCAAAUUCAUCCUCAUGGACU